GGCUGAACUACCUUUCCCAGCGCACCCUGCACUUCCUGGUUACCGAGGCGCUGCUGGCGGCGGCCGACAAGUUGGACUAUAAAGAACAUAGUGAGGAAGUCCCUCCAGUUUUCCUGGGACAAUGGAGGAGUUCCGCCGUUCCUAUAGCCGUCUGUGUAAGGACAAUGGAGCUGAGCCUCAGGAAGCAGUCCUCAAGCAGCUGCAUGAUCUUCGGGAGGGCCAUCGCAAGAGCAAGCUGGACCUGGCCACCCAGAGCUUGUCGGUUGACACCUGCGGUGCUCUGGGAAAGCUCCUGCAAAAUGACAUCCUAUUUUCAGUGGUCCUCCUUAGUGACUGCAUGAUGAGUGAGGAAGGAUCCAAACUGCUGAUACAAGGACUUUGUUCAAACACAGGAGUGAGAUAUCUGGAUUUAAAGGGUAAUAACCUUCGAGCUAUAGGGGCUGAGGCUCUGGGCAAACUCCUCCGACAAAACAAGUCCAUUCAAAGCCUUAUUCUAGAGUGGAACAAUCUGGGAGUAUGGGAAGAAAGUUUUUCUCUCUUUUGUGAGGGCCUUGGGGCCAAUACCACUCUGCAGCAACUGGACCUCCGAAACAACCAGAUCAACCACAAGGGGGCAGAAGAGCUGGCCAUGGCCUUGAAGAACAAUUCCACUCUUCAAGAAAUAGAUCUGCGUUGGAAUAACAUUGGAAUCCUGGGAGGCCGGGCAAUUGUAAAUUGUCUUUCCAACAACAAGACCCUAAGGAAGCUGGAGCUAGCUGGGAACAACAUCCCAGGGGAUAUCUUGAAAGCUGUUGAGCAAGCCAUGGAUCACAACCUUGACAGGCAAGUGUCAUUCCAUGAGAAUCAGAACCGGACCUAUGUGCUGAGCAAAGAAGUCCAAAACCUCAAAGAAGAGAAGUCCAAACAGUUCCUGAACCUGAUGGAUACAAUUGAUAAACAAAGGGAAGAGAUUUCCAGGAAUUGCAGGACAUCGGCAGUUCGAGUGGGUCAGCUUCAAGAGGCUCUGAAUGAGCGUCACUCCAUCAUCAACUCCCUCAAGGCCAAGCUGCAGAUGACUGAGGCUGCCUUGGCCCUGUCUGAGCAGAAGGUCCAAGACUUGAGUGAGCUGUUGACCACUGCACAGCAGGAGCAAAUAAACCUGUCUCAGCGACAGUCCAAGGAACUGAAGCUAGAGCAACAGGAAGCUGCAGAUCGGGAAUCAAAACUACUGAAAGAAUUGGCUGCAUCCAAUGACAGAAAUAUGCUUCUCCGUAACCAGGUGGAUGAACUAGAACGAAAGAGCAAGACACAGCAGGAGCGGCUCUUCAUGACAAAGCAGGAACUGACCAACAUGACAGCAGAGUUGAAAUUACGAUUAACCCAGGCUGAAGAGCGCCUAGAAAUGGAGAAGAGGAGAUUCAAACAAAGCUUAGAAGAUUCAGAAAACCUGCGACUAAAAGAGGUAGAAAACAUGAGUCGUCACAUGGAGGAGAGUGAACGAUGCUUACAGGAGAGGAUACAAAAGCUGGAGACUGUGCGAAUCUCCCUGGAGGAGGAAGUGAGCCGAGUGAAGAAAGCUAUACUGGCUGAGCGAGGUCAGGCAGAGGAGGAGAUGAUGAAGGCCAAGAACCAAGUCCGCCUGGAAAUGCAACAGCGAAUGACUCAUCUGGAAGAGAAAAUAAGGGUGACAUCCCAGGCCCGGGAUGAAGCUCAGGAAUACUGCCUCCAGCAGAAACAAGCUGUGGCUGAAAGCCAGGCCAAGAGCAACCAGAUGAGCCUCCAGAUGGAAGCGCUGAGGCGGCAGCUAGAGGAGCUGCAGCAGGAACUGAGAAACAAGGAACAGGAGAAGGUGGCUGAGGUGAACAAGGUGCGAGUAGAGUUGCAGGAGCAGAUUGGCCACCUGCAGGCAGAGCGGACAGCCCAGGAAGGGUUGAAGGAGAAGAUUACAGCCCUGGAAAGGCAGAUCAAAGUGAUGUCAAGCAGCCAUCGGGAGGCUCUGCUGGACAGAGAGGGUGAGAACGCUUCUAUCAGGGAAAAGCUGAGGCUCAAGAACGCAGAGAUUAACAGGUUGCGGGAGGAGGAGGCCCAGCGAGCGAGCUUCCUGCAGAAUGCCAUCUUGGCUUAUGUACAGGGUUCCUCCCUGGGGACUCCAAACCCCGACAAGUAAUAAGAGUCAGGGGAGGUUCUGAGACUGGGUAUAAAGCACAGCAAGACAAAGGGAGCUCGGCUCUGCCUACGAGACAACCUCCAUCUCCUGAGUCAUUCUUGGGGCCUACGAUGAAGAGUGCAGCACGAGACCUUCCAGAGCAUUUGAGGAUUCCUGCGGGAGGUACAGUCGAUGCCAGAGAACUACUACGAAGGGAGGUGGGAAAUCUGGGUUUCUCCCAACUUUCUUCCCUUCCUUCACCUCUUUCAAACAAGGCAAAAUGGCUUUCCUAUCUCAUCUCCAACUUAAAACAACACUGAUGACUGAGGAGAA